ACGCCAUGUGUCUCCCGGCUCUGACCAGGCUUCUGCUCCUUCAUCUGCUCCUGACCAAGCUCCACAUCGCUAGAGGCUCUGCGAAGGAGUGCGAGGAGGACCAGUUCCAGUGCCGGAAUGAACGCUGCAUUCCUUCUAUUUGGAAAUGCGACGAGGAUGAUGACUGCUCAGAUAAUAGUGACGAGGCAGAUUGCCCCAAGAAGACCUGUGCAGAAACUGAUUUCACUUGCAACAAUGGCCACUGCAUUCCAUCCAGGUGGAAGUGUGAUGGUGAAGAGGAAUGCCCAGAUGGAUCUGAUGAAUCUGAAGCAACAUGCACUAAACAAGUAUGUCUAGCUGAAAAAAUUAGCUGUGGAGACUCCAGUAAUAAAUGCAUUCCUUCUUCAUGGAGAUGUGAUGGAGAAAAAGACUGUGAAAGUGGAGUUGAUGAGGCAGGUUGCACUAAUGUCUGUUCUUCUAGCGAGUUCCAGUGCAGUAACAAGACCUGCAUAGCUACAAUCUUCGUCUGUGAUGGAGACGAUGACUGUGGAGAUGGCAGUGAUGAGAGGAAGUGCCCUCCCCUCACUUGCAACCCCAAUGAGUUCCAGUGCAACAACAGCUUGUGCAUCCCGCAGAUCUGGGUCUGUGACAGCCAGCCUGAUUGUGAGGACCAUUCAGAUGAGUCAAUGGAGAAGUGUGGCUACAAACUCAAGCCACAGGUCAUGAGCACCUGUGCAGCUCAUGAGUUCCGGUGUGGCAACGGAGAAUGCAUUCAUCUCAAUUGGAAGUGUGAUGGAGAUGAAGACUGCAAAGACAAGUCUGAUGAGCAAGACUGCCCCUUGGUGACCUGCAGACCUGACGAGUUCCAGUGUGGCGAUGGGACCUGCAUCCAUGGAGCCAAACAGUGCAACAAGGUGCAUGACUGCCCCGACAAUAGUGAUGAAGCCGGCUGUGUCAAUGGGAUAAAUGAAUGUGCACUCAACAAUGGCGGUUGCUCCCACAUUUGCAGAGACCUGAAGAUUGGCUAUGCCUGUGAAUGUCCUCCUGGAUAUAAACUUCUGGAUAAGAAAACAUGUGGAGACAUUGAUGAAUGUGAGAAUCCUGAUGCUUGCAGCCAAAUCUGCAUUAACUACAAAGGGGACUAUAAAUGUGAAUGCUAUGAGGGUUAUGAGAUGGACACCCUAUCCAAAAACUGCAAAGCUGUAGGAUUCUGUUCCAUGGCAGGGAAGAGUCCAUACCUCAUCUUCACGAACCGUCACGAAGUACGCAAGAUUGACUUGGUGAAACGAGACUACUCUCGCAUUAUCCCCAUGCUGAAGAAUGUGGUUGCUUUGGAUGUGGAGGUGGCAACCAACAGAAUAUACUGGUGUGAUUUAUUCUACAGAAAGAUAUACAGUGCCUACAUUGACAAAGCCAGUGACACAGCUGAGCAGAUGGUUCUGAUAGAUAGCCAGCUGAACUCACCAGAAGGCCUGGCAAUGGAUUGGGUUCAUAAGAACAUCUACUGGACAGAUUCAGGGAACAAGACCAUUUCGGUAGCCACAGCUGAUGGGAAAAAGAGGAAGACACUGUUCAGCACUAAUUUAAGUGAGCCCAGAGCCAUUGCAGUGGAUCCAACACGUGGAUUCAUGUAUUGGUCUGACUGGGGCGAUGCAGCCAAAAUUGAGAAAUCUGGAUUGAAUGGUGUGGAUCGACAAGUUCUUGUGACAGACAACAUUGAAUGGCCCAAUGGUAUUACACUGGAUUUAUUGAAUCAGCGCCUUUACUGGGUAGACUCUAAGCUGCACGUGCUUUCAAGUGUUGAUUUCAACGGCAGCAACAGGAAAGUUCUCAUCUCUUCUGUGGAUGACCUGAGCCAUCCAUUUGGAUUAGCAGUGUUUGAGGACAGAGUAUUCUGGACUGACUUAGAAAAUGAGGCAAUUUUCAGUGCCAAUAGGCUGAAUGGUCUAGAUAUCUCGAUUUUGGCUGAGAACCUCAAUAACCCACAUGAUAUUAUAGUCUUUCAUGAGCUGAAACAGCCAAAAGCUCCAGAUGUUUGUGAGCAAAGUUCUCUGCCAAAUGGAGGCUGUGAAUACCUUUGUCUUCCUGCACCCCAGAUCUCUGCACACUCUCCAAAGUAUACAUGUGCUUGUCCUGACAAUCUGUGGUUGGGUCCUGAUAUGAAAAAGUGCUAUAAAGAGCUUCCAGCUACCUCAAGUAACACACCUACUACUACUCCUCUUACUACUGCUAAAACCCACUUGCCCAAUUUUACUGCUGUUGUGACAACCAUGACUACCACCAUCUUUGUUACAACCAGCAACACCAGCAAUAUUAGAACAGAAACCCAAGGAACCACGUCACGUGUCUUCCUGGGCACUACCAGCAUUCCUUCAGCUACAACCCCAGCAGACUCAAGAAUGACAACACCAGGAAACAGCAAUCUCUCGCAGCACUAUGCUAACGAUGGACAAGGGUUUGGAUCAACUGUGAUGGCAGCCACUAUAGGAAUUAUUGUUCCUAUUGUGGUGAUUGGUUUGCUGUGCAUGGGAGGGUACCUCAUCUGGAGAAACUGGAAACGGAAAAACACAAAGAGCAUGAACUUUGAUAAUCCUGUAUACAGGAAGACUACAGAAGAGGAAGAUGAAGAUGAAAUCCAUAUUGGGAGAACAGCGCAGAUCGGACAUGUGUACCCAGCACGUGUAGCAUUAAGCCUAGAAGAUGAUGGGUUGCCAUGA